AUGUCGCAAGUUGAAAGCUCAAGCGACCAUCUUCCUCAUACCUUUGGGUUGUGGAGUGGGAUCAGCAUAGGAUGGCUGACUCUGAACGUCUUUGGUGGCAUGUCCUUCAUCCUCUUCGUUGGGCUUUCAGCGGGAGGUAUUCCAGCUAUUCUUUACGGCUUUAUCGGUUCCAGCAUCUGCGUACUAUGUAUUAUACUUACCUUCGCCCAGUGCGCCGCUCGGUACUCUACCGCAGGGGGCGCCUACCACUAUGCAACCUUUUUGAUCCCCGAAAGAUACCGCCGUCAAUGUGCCUAUCCUCUCGGAUGGCUGAACUACUGUGGCUGGGUCUUGACGCAUGCUGCUUGCUGCGCCAUCGUCGCGACAUUGACCCUGGCACUGGUCAACCUAUGCCAGCCCGAGUUCGACGUGUCUACCAGAUGGCAGCUAUUCUUGGUAUAUCUCGCAAUGGUGUUCGGAUGUUGGUUGAUCAACCUAUUCGGGCUUAGGGGAAUUCCCACACUCGAGCUGGUAGGAUGUUGGGCUACAGUGUUCGUGUUUGUGGCAUACACAAUUGCCCUGCUCGUCAAAGCCCCCAAAGCCACGCCGCAUUCUGUGUUCGUUCAGACGAAUAAUGACACAGGCUAUUCCUCCACGGGCUUUGCUAUCCUGUUAGGAUUGUUCAACAGUUUCUCCACGCUGAUGGGUCUCGACUGCCCCACGCACCUGGCCGAAGAAGUCAAGAAUCCCAAAAAGGUCAUCCCCAGGAUUCUCCUGAUUGUCAUCAUCUCACAAUUUUUCGUUGGAGUUGUUUGGAUUCUUGUCCUGGGCUUCUCCAUCAGCGACCUACCCACCAUCAUCGCAAGCCCCACUGGAGUUCCGAUCCUCGAGCUAAUCAGACUCGGUACCGGAAGCGAUGCUGCAGCGAUUGUGUUUUGCAUCAUCCUUAUCAUCAACCAGGGCGCUUCUGCCCUGGGAAGCGCCGUGACCAUGAGCCGGCAAGGAUACGCUUUUGCUCGAGAUGGAGGACUGUUUCGGAACUACAAACUUACUGAACUUUCGCCCCGAACUCAGCUUCCGGUUUGGUCCAUCAACGUGCCCUCAGCCCUGGUCGCUCUAAUUGGUUUGAUUUACUUAUUUUCGAAUGCCGCCUUCAACGCAAUUAUUGGUUCGCAAGCGGUGUGCAUGAUCAUCAGUUUCGGAUGCCCAGCGCUCAUCAUGCUGCUGAAGAAGAAUUCGACCCUGCCAGAAAGCAAGAACUGGAACUUCGGCCGACUUUCAACGCCUAUCUACGUCAUUUCAUGCUUAUACUCAGUUCUAGUUGUCGUAGUUGCAUUGAUCCCCCAGGUACAGCCAGUUACGACAUUGACCAUGAAUUACACGAGCUUGAUAAUGGGAGUCUUUGGUAUUGCUAUGACAGUGGCAUGGUUCUCCGAGGGCCGAAGGCUUUUCUCGCCGCCAACGUACCACGAGAUUGGGUUGACUGUGAUGGACGGCUUAUCGUUCAGCGAGGGACAGGACGAGGAAACUGGAGAGAAAUGUGGAGGGCAAGUAAAGGUCGGAGACGGACAGCAGUUUGUCAGCGAGGCAAUGACGUGA